AUGAAGUUGACAGCAGAUUUACUCUCAAACAGCGUAUCACAAAUCAAUGCUCUCGGCGAUCGUGAGCUAGUCUUGAGAGAUUUAAAGAUACCUGCUAUCGAGAACUUGGGUGUUACUAAAGAUUUGAACGAUGCUAUUGAUUUCACAAACAAUGAUUUGCGUGUUCUUGGAAACUUUCCUCGUUUGAACCGUCUUCAACAUUUACUAUUAAACAACAAUCGUAUUAGCAAAAUCGACGCAGGCCUCAACAGCUAUGUGCCCAACUUGAACACCAUCAUCUUGACCAACAAUGCCCUCAGCGAAUUGGGCGAUUUAGAGGCACUUGCAGAAUGCCAAAAGCUAACACAUCUCAGUUUGUUGGAUAACCCUGUUGCAAAGAAAGAAUACUAUCGUCUCUACUUGAUCUAUAAAUUACCUCAAUUACGUGUAUUGGAUUUCAACAAGGUCAAAUUAUCUGAAAAGAAGGAGGCAAAGACACUUUUCCAAAAGGCUGAUGGCACAGAUAAUGAUUUGAUUAAAUCACUCGUCGACAACAAGACAAAGACGUUUGAGGUUGGAGAAGGUUUGAAUAGCUCCUCUUCUGGCGUUGUAGGACUCACACCUGACGAGCAAUUAAAGAUCAAGGAGGCACUCAAGCAAGCUACUUCACUUGAUGAAAUUUCAAGAUUAGAACGUUUAUUAAAAGCAGGCCAUGUUCCUACUGCCAAAUAA